UCUGGAUUAAGAUAUCGUCAUGACAAGGGGGUUAGAAUGGGGCCAGAGCAUUAGUCCCUCUGUGGAGGUGAGGACUGGGGAUGUUAAACACAGAUUUUACUGUCAGAAGAUUGGAAGUGUUGCAAUUGACAUCUGAGUGUGGACUUUACAGAAGCAAUGGAUUUGGAACUUGUGUAUACCUGAGAACACUUUGAUUCUUGCCUGGGACUUGGAGUAACAGUGAAGAUGAGGAGCACGGCACUGCUUGUCCUGCUGCUGCCCUGCUUCUUUGGGACUGUUUCUGGAAACUUUGCACCUGCUUUUUGUGCAAAUAUGACCUAUAUAGAGCUAAGAGAAGACUUGAAUAUAAGUCAACAUGCUUUCUGGAUAUGUGCUGUCGAUUAUGAAAAUGAAGCCUUAAAAUACAGUAUGACUGGACAAAAUGCAAACUUCUUUAAUGUAGCUGAAGAGACAGGGGAAGUAAAAAUAAAAUCACCCCUAGACAGAGAGAUACAGGCCAGAUUUACUGUAAUGCUGGGGGUUAAAGAUUCCACCAAUGACAUAGUGACGAAGUCAAUUACUAUAAUUCUAGUGGAUGCAAAUGAUAAUAGACCUAUAUUUAUCAAUGCCCCAUACAAUGAGGAUGUCAACGAGAACGUAGCUGAAGGUACAGUCCUGUUUCAAGUUACUGCAACAGACGCAGACGAAAAUUCUUUUGUGACAUACUCUAUUGACGAGGUUGUGCCAGACAAUGCUGAAAAUCAUGAUCUUUUUGUUAUUGAGAGAAAUGGAGAUCUCAAGCUCAAUGGCACAUUAAACUACAACGACAAAAGCACCUACUAUCAGCUAAAAAUCAAAGCCACGGACAACGGUGGUCUACUCUAUGGUCAUUUUGUUUAUCAAAGUAGCUUAGCCUAUGGAUUCAUUAAUGUUAAAGAUGCCCCUGACAGGAACCCAGUCUUUUUAAACACACCCUAUCAGACCUCCGUUGAAGAAAACACACCUGUUGGCCAGUCUGUGUUUACAGUGAAAGCCAUUGAUGGUGACAAAGGAAUCAAUGACCUAAUCUUCUAUUCCAUUGACGCUAGCAAUGUCGAUGGAAAGUUUGCAAUUAAUACAUUAACUGGACAAAUAUCAGUGAAUGAAACUAUUGACAGAGAACAGUUACUGGAGAUCAAUGCUGAAGUUGAACUGGUGGUUACAGCUACGGAGAAAGAAAAUAACAUAGAUGGACAACCAGCAAAAACAUCAACGACUGUGACAAUCAGAAUUACUGACCUCAACGACAACAAACCUGAGUUCUACAACUGCAUGGGGGAAUGUGAUUACAACAGCGAUAAGCAGGACAGCUUCACUGGUUACAUAGAGGAGCAUUCCUCCACAGGGGUGUCAGUGGCCAAUCUGACCAUUGUAGCCCGAGAUCCAGAUGAGGGAACUAAUGCUAGGUUUGUAUUGACCCUACAAGGACCAGAUGCCAAAGCCUUCUCAGUAGCUCCGAAAAAUGUCCUUGGAAGCAGCCAGGUGCAGAUUCAGGUCUUGAUCCCAAAUGACGUUGACUAUGAGAAACAACAUACCAUGAGUGUGGAGAUCGUUGCCAAUGACACAGGAAGAGGGGCUGACUGCUGUUCUACUGCGUCCGUUACUAUCCACCUCAUUGACAUGAAUGACAACAGACCAACUUUUCAGAACGAAACCUACCAGCUGCAAGUGAAGGAAGAGAGUGCAGCGGGAACAGUCAUAGCAACCAUCACAGCUAGCGAUCCUGACACCGAGGACAAAGACAAAAUCACCUACAGACUUCUACCUGACAGCAUAUUAGAAUUCUUUGCAGUUGGCGAAAAAACUGGGGUAAUCACUGUCAAGACUUCAGGAAAUCUGGACAGAGAAACACGCUUGGUUUACUUUGCCACUUUACAAGCAACCGACACUGCGAAUAACAUAGGAACCACCGUGCUGGAAAUCAAUCUCCUGGACAUUAAUGACCAGACCCCCAAAAUGGUCAGGGACUCUUACAUGGUCUUUGUUAAAGAAGGACCCGACGGGAAACUAGACCUUACAAUCGAGGCUUUUGACAACGAUGAACCAGGAACUAACAACAGUGUGGUUCGGUACAAGAUAGAAGACAGUGAGUUCAGCAACAACUUCAUCAUCGAUGAAGAGACAGGCGUGGUAACAAUAAAUGGGACUUUGGACAGAGAGGCCAUAGAACCUUUGUUAAAUGGAAAAAUUCAGCUGACAGUGACGGCAUAUGAUUGGGGACAUCCGAUUCUGUCUUCAUCCGUUAACGUGACCAUCAAUGUAGAGGACAUCAACGAUAAUAACCCAGUGUUCACCCAAACUGUGUAUCAGGACUCUGUACGAGAGAGUGACAAAGGUGCUUAUGUGGGGUUUGUGCAAGCCACGGAUCAGGACCAGACAGAAAUCCACAACCGUAUCUCCUACCGGAUAACUGACGGCAGCUUUGGCAACUUCAUCAUUCGCACUUUCCAAAGCAACGAGGGUUACAGGGGCAACGUCACAGUGGACCCCGACAUUGAACUAGAUUACGAAAAAAAUAAGAAAUUCACUCUGAUCAUCGAAGCCUCAGACCUCGGUCAGAAUUCUGCCACGACCACCAUGGAGGUGACCGUCCUGGAUGUAAACGAUGAGCGGCCGACCCUCGAUGUCCAGUCUCUCACUGACGUGAACGUGAAGGAGAACAGAUCCACGAGCGGGGUGGUCAGAAACAUAACCGGGACUGAUGCUGACACCAAUCACUCUCUGGUUUAUGAGCUUCUGGAAGUGACCUGUGAAUGUAACAAAGACGUUCCUGAAAGCGAGUGCCUGGACUGGUUUUGGCUGAGUCCAGACGGCUCAGUGACAGUGAACGACAGCUCUGAGAUCGAUUAUGAGGCCUGUCAUUAUGUCAAGAUGGAAGUACAAGUGGUCGAUACGUUUACAGAGAAAGGCCAAAAUCACAGCACUUCAGGAAUAUUGAUAAUCAACAUUGUUGACAUCAACGACAACCCUCCAGAAUUCAUUUCAAACGAGAAGUUGUUUGUGGUGGUCCCAGAAGUUGAUGGCAAAGAUACUGAAGUGGCAACUGUGUCUGCCAGCGACCGUGAUUCUGGACAAAAUAAAGUUAUAACAUUUGCAGUUCAACAAGUUGAGUUUAUCACAUCUGAUGGCUCCACUACGACCCUGUCAGGCAUCUUCAAAGUAGAGACUACAGUAGAAAAUGGCUUCUAUAAGGGAAUUAUAAGGAUUGAAAAUCCCCUUAACAGUGCAUUGAAAGGAAAGUACAAGGUAACAGUCCUGGCUAAAGACUCUGGAAGCCCAGCCUUGGAAACCACAACGCAGCUUGAAAUCUUUACAAUUGACACAAGUUACCGUGUUGACCUCCGAUUUACAUCGUCUGCUGAUGAAAUCAGGAAGAACAUCGUUCCCAUCACCAGCAUUUUGGCUGGAGCCACCGGUGCAACAGUGCACGUUUUAGACAUCCUAGACCAGGGAGUUAAACAAAGAGUCACAGCGAUUUCCACCAUGAGUGUAUACUUUGUGUACCAAAAUGGAACGGCGAUUAGUCCCAAAGACAUUAUCGAUGUUCUUCAGAGUGACGUUCAAGCGUUUCAGGAGCUUAACAAAUACGGCCUUGUGUAUGUUGACUCGGGGUCGCAGAAGGAGCCUGAGAGUCAGAAUGUGCUCAUUGGUGUGAUAGCCGGCUUAAAUGGGGCUCUGAUUAUUGUGAUGGCUGCCAUGAUAACUGCUCUGGUUUGCACCAGUAAAAGCUACAAAAGAAAACUGAAGGCUGUCAAUGCACUGAAGUCAAUUAACUCAGACAAGGCAGACAACCUUCAGAUUGGACCUGUGGUUCCCGGGACUAACAAGUACACCAUGGAAUGUGCUAACCCUGUGUUGAAUUUGAAUAUUGACUCUGCCACUGACCUGGGUUUUGAUGAAGAGAGCGCUGAUCGAGUGAGCCUGAACUCACUGGACAACAAUGAUGAUCUGAACCUAUCAGAAAAAGACUCAAUGCAUUUGACGAUUAUUGAAGAGGAGGAGGAGGAGGAGGAGGAGGAGUUCACUGAGCAGCCGUAUAUCGAGCCCCUAGAUCAAGCACUAGCUCUGCGCAACAAGAACAAGGGAAGCGACGAGACCUAUUCCUUCACUAACCCUGCCCUCGACACCACCGAUCUCUAAG